GAUUACAAAACCGGUAUGAAAACGAGUACCAGAAUGAAGCGUUCCGCAUUGAUAAAAUAAAAAAUAGUCGUUGUUAAAAUAUAUUCCGCUGUUAGACAUUAAUAAUAAUUGUGUUUAUAUUUAAAGGAAAUUGUUUAAAGUUAAUUAGAGUCGUUCCUCGCGCGGAUGUUGUAGUGGUGUCUUGGUGAUUUUCUUCCCCUCUGCCCCAGAUACCGUUUAGUUUCUAUUUGUGAAGAACAGAGGAUGAUUUUCUCUCUUUCUUCUCUGUCAUCCCAAGGUCAUCAUCAGUUCAGUGCUAUGCCAUGGACAGGGAGACGUUAGGGGCAUGCAGCCGUAGCUGGGUGAAGGCCGGGUGUGCUGAGCUUCAGACGCCUCACUUUCUGCCCUACAUCCAGACUGAAAUCCCCUACAGCCAGUUCUUCAGCAGACACCUGCUGUCCAACCGACCAUGCAUGUUCUCCUCCAGCUUCACCCAGACCUGGAGCUGCAGGAGCCGCUGGGUCGGCCAAGAUGGCAAACCUGACUUCCACACACUCCUGCACGAGUUUGACGAGACGCUGGUCCCUGUGGCAGACUGCAACACCAAAGAGUACAACUCCAACCCCAAACACACCAUGAGCUUCAGAGACUUCAUCUCCUACUGGAGAGACUACAUUCAGAACGGGCACUCCUCACCUAAAGGCUGUCUGUACCUGAAGGACUGGCACAUGCACAGGGCAUUUCCAGAGCACCACACCUACACCACGCCCAUCUACUUCUCGUCUGAUUGGCUGAACGAGUACUGGGACACGCUGGAAAUGGACGAUUACCGCUUUGUCUACAUGGGACCAAAAGGAUCCUGGACACCGUUCCACGCCGACGUGUUCCGCUCCUACAGCUGGUCAGCCAACAUCUGCGGGCGUAAGAAAUGGCUGCUUUACCCCCCUGGGCAGGAGGAGUUCCUGCGAGACUGCUGUGGGAACCUGGCAUACGAUGUCACUUCCCCCGUCAUGCAGGAUCAGCACCAUUUCCCACGAUUCAGUGAGGCCUGUCGGCCCCUGGAGGUCAUUCAGGAAGCUGGAGAAAUUCUGUUUGUCCCCAGUGGCUGGCAUCAUCAAGUCUACAACCUGGAGGACACAAUCUCCAUUAACCAUAACUGGGUGAACGGUUGUAAUGUGGAUGUGGUGUGGAAGUUCCUGCAGGGGGAGCUGUUAUCUGUUCAAAAGGAGAUUGAUGAGUGGAGGGACACGAUGGAUUCCUGGGAUCAUCACUGUCAGGUAACGGUGAUGAUGAAGUCCUGCACAGGGAUCGAUUAUGCUGAAUUCACCUCCUUCCUCAAAACCAUCGCUGAUCACCGCAUCUCCUUCCUGUCCUGUCCCCACGGAAAUGCCUCCUCCGAGACCCUGAGCGCUCUUGGGCCACACCACGCGACCUUUGACCUUCAGCGUGUGGCUCAGGUGUUGGAGAGCAUGCUCAGUAACGAGGACUUUAAGCGGGUGGAGGCGUCUGCUCUGGGUGGUAACGUGGAGGAGCUACUGCAGGAGAUCAGAGACACUAUCAGCAAGUCCACCAGCAUGUACUGAGCUCCUCACACCACCUUCAUCCUGUAGACCAAAAGCCCCUAUUUACAUCAGAACAAUCAUCAUUGUACACAGCAGGAUUCAGGGGUUGGUGGUUUCUCUGUAACCAACAUGAAGAUAAAGAACUCAGUGAAGAUGCGACAUCAUCAUCAUAACCAAUCCCAGUGUUUUAUUUUAUUUUAAAUAAACAGAAUAAACAUCAGAACAUCAGCCAAACUGGA